CUCUCUUCCUCUUUCUUUUAUUCUUUUUAUUUAUUGAUUUUUUUUUUUUUAACAGUGAAAUUUUAGGUUUAUAUUACUGUGCAAAUAGGUGCACACCUUGAAAAGGUCGGUGCAUCUGUUUGAGCGUAUUGUAAACUUGUUACCAAAGUGAAUGUUAAGGAAUUUUCGAUGGGUGACAAGUAGCUGGGAAAGUUAGAAUUUGGUCACUAUGAGCAAGACCGGAGUGCACUUAAGCGGAAAGAAUGGGAGAGAAGAAACCAGGAAGUCCAACAAGAUGAAGAUCUCUUUGCUUCAGGUUUCAACCUCUUUGGGGAACCCUACAAGACAAAUAAAGGCGAUGCCCUUGCAAACCGUGUCCAGAACACAUUGGGAAAUUAUGAUGAGAUGAAGGACCUGUUAACCAACCAUUCCAACCAGAGCCACCUUGUAGGAAUCCCAAAGAAUUCUGUCCCACAGACACCCAUUGACAAAAAUGAACAGAACUUUUUCCCAGAACCAAGAAACAGGAUGAUCCCAUCUCAUCAGAUCAGUGGCCACUCAUCGACAUCAAUGCCUCCACCUUCUUCAUUGUCAUCGAAUUCCACUUUGCUACACAGUCACCAGAGCAGCAGGAAGUCGAGGACAGACUGGUCACGUGGUGGUCACAACUCUAGUGGGGCCCAGCCAAGCCAAUCCAGUAGUCAGCAGAGUCGGACGAAGCAUAGCUCUUCUCAUGACCAGCCACAGGGCAGGUAUGAAGACCUCUAUAAUUGUCAGAGUGAGCAACAUAAAAGUGGAGGAACCGAGGAAGCAAAUUCUAUGGCAACAUCUUCACAUUCGAGGAGGCAUACUCAUUCAAAGUCAGCACCCGGAGAACAUACUUACAAAGAAAACAGUCAUUCGAAGUCACCCACAGAACUUGAGUUUGUAGGUCAUGGUCCUGGAUCUCCACUUCCUUCCACUUCUUUGUUAUCUGCGAACAAUGGUCUUUCGACCCAGAAUUUCCCACCAGGACUUCACUGUAAAAACAGCAUGGUCCAGCAAAAGCCUACAGCAUAUGUCAGGCCUAUGGACGGUCAGGACCAGGUACCCAAUGACUCACCUGAACUGAAACCUCCAGUAGAAAUUGAGAAUGGAUAUGGAAAUCAGUCCUUUGGAACAUUGCUGGAAGGAAAAGUGAACACACCUAGUUCAAAGAACAAAGUACCAAAGCUCAACAUUCCUCCUGUUAGUGAAGUUACCCUUCCCAAUGACUCCAGUUGUGUGGAAGAAAUAUUACGGGAGAUGACCCAUUCCUGGCCUCCUCCUCUUACUGCUAUUCACACUCCUGGCAAAGCUGAGCAGACCAAGUUUUCUAUCCCAAGCAAGGACUCCCAACAUCUGACCUCAGGAUACAAUGUACAAAAGUGGAGUGAUCCAGCAGGGAAAGUUGCAACUAAGUCAGUGCCACAAAAGUCAAUGCUUGAGGAUGAUCUGAAACUCAGCAGUGAUGAAGAUGACAAUGAACAGGCUGCUGAAAAGACAAAAUUGAGAAACAUUCCUGUAAACAGCCUGCCAGUGCCAGCUGCACACGGAACCGGCUUGGCCCAUUCCAGCGGCGGCUCCGGGAGCUCCAGCGAGUCUGAGAGCAGCUCUGAGUCCGACUCCGACAGCGAAAGCAGCUCCAGUGACAGCGAGUGCAACGAGGAGUCGCGCAGUGCCACGCCGGAGCCUGAACCUCCCUCAACAAACAAAUGGCAGCUGGAUAAAUGGCUAAAUAAAGUGAACCCCCACAACAAGACUAUCAUCAGCAAUCAAAAUGAGCCGCACAGUGAGACCAGCUCCCAGGCCCAGAGCAACCAGCAGGCCGAAGGGCCAAACAAAGGGAAGCUCAACAGCAGCCUGCCCUCAACUGAUUCCAAAGACCGGGCAAUCCUUAGUCCCAUCCGAGAGAAAGCCAAGCCACGGGUUGCCCAGAAAACUCCAGAGGCAAAAAGCUCCAAGCAGAAGUCACCAGCUCAUAAUGAGCCAACUUCACAAAGGACUACUGGGAAAAAGCAACCCAAAAAGGUAGAAAGGACUUCCAGUGUAGAAGAGUAUAACUGGCCCAAACCAAAUAAUACCAGCAACACUCCCAAAGAAAAAGACACACAGGAACCCCCCGAGCAGCCAAAGGUUCGAACUAAAGCAGCAGUUGGGAAGACCGCUCCAAGGAAAGAACCACGAACUAGCACAGGUCUCACUUCAGAGAAGAAAAAGUACAGAGGCCCCAGCAAAAUUGUUCCUAAGUCCCGGGAAUUCAUUGAAACAGAUUCAUCUACUUCUGACUCAAAUACAGACCAGGAGGAAAGCUUGCAGGCUAAGGUAUUGCCAGCUUGCACUGGGUCUGGCAACGGCGUCAAGGUGAAGGACUCUGGCAGUAACAUCCUCAGCGUAAGUAGUUUAACUAGCAAUGGCAGCAACACAUCCAUUGACCAGACCAGCAAUGACUUGGAGGAGCAGCUCUUUUCUCCUAUCCCAAUCGUCCAAAAUGAACUUCUGUCCCCACUGAGAGAAUAUGAAGAACUCAAAUCUCUAUGGGUGAAAAUAGACCUUAGUUUACUCUCUAGGAUACCUGGGCAGGAGCCUUUUGAGACCACAUCUGUGAAAAGUGAACCAAGAGAGGCAAAUGUGAAACACAGGCGACCAUCUCGAGAGUCCCCUACCCCAGCAGCUGAAAAAACAUCCACAAAAUCCAAAAGGAAACACAAGCAGACAGAAAGCCUGGAUACUGUUGUUGAAAGCAAGAAGCAGCGCCUGGAGGACCCUUCAGCUUCAUGCCUGCUCCCACCUUGUAUCUCUCCAAUACCGAAUCACAGAUUAACCAGCACUAAAGAGAGCAGCAGUAGCUCGGUGAAGAAGGUGACAAAGAAAAGAGAAGAGAAGCUGUUCCCUCCUCCACUAUCCCCCCUCUUGGACGAGCCUGUGCACCGGCGGCACAGCAGUGACAACAGCUCCUUCAGCCAGGAGACCAACAUCACAAACACCUCUCAGACAAGCAGCUCUUCCUCCUCAGUUUCUAAACACAGAAAGAAUGAAAAUAAAUCCUCUUCUAACCCCAAAGGAAUCUGUGAGGAAGAAUCUCACAAUACACCAACAGCCAACACUCUUCUUGACACCAGCCAUCUAGAAACAGACAUCUGGUCUGCAAUGCCAACACUUUCCAAUGGGAAUUCUGAGCCCAGAAGACCCAAAAUAACAUUUGAUGAUGCGCUUCACAAUGCGGAUUAUUACAUGCAGGAGGCUAAGAAGCUAAAGCAUAAAGCAGAUGCAUUGCUGGAGAAGUUUGGCAAAGCAGUGAAUUAUGCUGAUGCUGCCCUCUCCUUCAUCGAGUGCGGGAACGCUAUGGAGCGAGAUCCAUUAGAAGCUAAAUCUCCAUACACCAUGUACUCAGAGACUGUGGAACUCAUCAGGUAUGCAAUGAGACUCAAGAAUUUCACAGGCUCUUCUGCCACAGAAGGGGACAAGAAAUUAGCAGUUUUAUGCUACCGAUGCUUAUCACUUCUCUACUUGAGAAUGUUUAAACUAAAGAAGGACCAUGCUAUGAAGUACUCCAGAUCUCUGAUGGAAUAUUUUAAGAACUCUUCAAAAGCUUCACAGGCCCCGUCACCUUGGGGUGGCAAUGGAAAGAGCACAGAAACACCAUCACCCAUGUCCCUGAGCCCAUCCCCUGUCAGCUCUGCUGGAAGCAGCGGGGGCACCACCAGCUCCUCCUCAGCGGGGACCAUCACCAUCCCUCAGCGCAUCCACCACAUGGCCGCCAGCCACGUCAACAUCACCAACAACGUCCUGCGGAGCUACGAGCAUUGGGACAUGGCUGACAAGCUGACUAAGGAGAACAAAGAAUUCUUUGUAGACCUGGACUCAGUGAUGGGACCCUUAACACAACACAGCAGUAUGACCAAUCUGGUUCGUUACGUUCACCAAGGACUCCACUGGCUCCGCAUUGAGGCUCAUUUGUUGUAGUGACUGCUGCCCUGUUCAUAACAUCCCCCAUUCUUCUACCUCUACCAGCGCAGAGACGAUCACUGGUGGAACUCCACUCAUUUCUGGAAGUUUAUUCAUGUAACUUCAUUUUUAUUGCCUUUUUUAAUAUCCUAUAUAUUGGAAGUAGAAGUCACCAUAAAUGGAACUUAUGACUCAAGAGCAGUAUGUGUUGUACCAUCUAAUCAUUUUCGACAAUUUUCUAUGCCUUGUGUCUCCUGGAUCCUGCCAUCCUUAUGUGCUUUAUGGAACGGUACAUUCCCUGCAGUAUUGUUUUAAGUCCAUGCUGCCUUCAAGUGAAAACAAAAAAGCACUUUGAGAAGAUAUGGAUUCCUGAGAAAUAGUACAAAGCGUCUUAAAUAUUUGAGGGUAUAUAUAAGUCCCUUCUGAAAUAAAUUAGUAGAAGUUAAUAGCUAUUCAUUGAAAAUCAUCUUCUGAACCUGAAUCAAGCUUUUUGACGCUUAAUUCUGGCAUCAUUAGCUGGCACAGUACAUUCCUAAAAUUUCAUACUUCCUGUAGGCCUAAUCUCUAAAAGAGAACAUUGACUAUCUUACAGGUACAUAAUAUAAGAUCACCAAAGGUGUUAAGAGGUAAAAGGUUGAAGGAAUGCCUCAUUAAAGAACAAUGACACACUAUGCAAUGAGGUUUUGAUAUUCCAUUCUUCCUGUUUAUCGUUGGCUUAAUAAUUUCAGUAGGCAGCAGAAUUUAUUGCAAUUUUUAGGCAAUUUCAGAAUAUUAGCUCUCAUAGUCUUAUCUACCAUUUCUAUACUAAAUCUGUGAAUUUUAUUUCAGUUUUACUGUUUAGUCUCAAACAAAUACUCAUCCAAGAUUUUUCUUCAUAGAACAAUCUCUCCUUGCAUAGUGACUCAGUGAAAGCAGAUUUUAACAGGACCGCUACACUCUAAGCUUUGAUAUUGUAUGUAAAAGUCCAUUAAUAAGUGUAUGCAGAUUCUUCAUGAACUCUCUAGAAGUUUAACUAACUGGCUACUGUUACAACAUUAUAAUUCUAUGUGGCAUCAAUUCUCACCUAUUUUGUUCAUUUCAGAGCAUUAGAAACGAACAGUAUUAUCUUGCUAUCUUGAAAAAAAUGUCAAAUUAAAUAAAAUCACCAGAUUUAUCCAAAAGCAAUAUAACAUUUGUUUAAUAGUGGCCAUGAAUACUUCAGUCAGAUUACCUAUUUUCCAAGCUCUGCAUCUGUUUACCCAUGCUGUCAUGUUUUGGACUAUUCCUCUAAUGCGUGAAUAAUAAUGAAACAAUUCAGAUAGAAUUUCAAAGCAAUUGUGAAUAAAUUACACCAUUUCACAUUUGCUCUUUCCUCUUCUUUUUUUCCCCUGUUAUAAACUGCACUGCUCUUCUGGUGCCACUGCAAGAAGCGCUGGUGCAUGAAACAAAACAAAAUGAAUUUAUAUCAAUAAUUCACAAGACUUUAAAUGGUCUCAUCUUAUUCUUGAUAUAACGCCUGCAUACCUAACUGAACUGUAAAUUCUAUUUCUAUAAAGAGAAAACUCUCAUAUCAAUGUAAAUAUUAUUCUGUCUCAUCUCAUUGAAAUAAUACAAUAUGUGUAUUAAAUGCCAUCCAGCUAUUAGUUAAUUGCAAUUACCUUCAGCUAUAUAAUCCUGUAUAUCCUUUAAUCUGGUGAGUUAUUGGAUUCUACUCACUGGGUUGUGACCAGAUAAAUAGGACAAAUUUGCAUUUAAAAGGUUCAGACUGUUAUGAUUUUUAGAGCAGGCCUUGGAUAUUUGCAAUAAGAGCAGUUUAAGGACUCUGCCCAAUGCACAUUUAAGAUAAACAUUACUGUAGCUGUUGUAUAUUAGCUCCCUGUAGUACUACCUUUUCUUAAAAAUCAAUAAUACGUAAUAUUUUGUUCCACAAAACUGUAUUUUAAAUGUAGCCAAGGUGCAUCAUUAGAGAAAUCAUCGAGUUUAGGGUUGUCUGCAAAGGACAUUUGCAGAACAUGCACAUCCUGUAUUAUCUGCACAUUCCUGUUCCUGAAGUGGUCGAUACACCCUUAUCUGUUCUCUGAGGGUUUUUGUAACAUGACUGAAACAUGAAUCUGACAGCAUUUGUCACUGAUUCUGGCCCCAGUAGCUAAUGAACAAAUCCAAAACAGUGCGAGCUAUUCAGAAAUGUAGAUGAAAGGUGGUCAUUGGGUUUUUUUUAAAGAAGAAAAAAAAAAGAAAAACAAACACUUGAAGUAUUUUAUUUUUUUCAACAGGGUGAGUACUUGAGAUGAAGUAGUGUUGGGGUGGUUUUGUCAUAAGCCAGAGUUUUCCAUUCUUUUUGCAAGAUCUCAAUAAUAAGAUUCAGUAAGUAUUUAGUCUAAUUAAGUGCGUUUUGUCACUUGUUCCUUUAAUGUAGACUGAAAUCCUAUACUUCCGUGCAUUUAUGAAGGAUAGAUAUGUCUUGAAAUACAAUCUUCAGACACAAGACUGUUCAAAGAGUUUGCUGCAGUCACUUGGUGAAGACGACAUAUUAUCUUUCCCCUGUUGCUUGCAGUAAACAGACUCCUGACUCUCAAUGUACCUUGUGUUCACAAUCUUUUGCUUAAACAGCUUAAGGAAUUAGCCCACCUGAUUUUGUAUCCUGUGACUUAGUUUGAAAUGUAUGCUGAAUCAAUGGCAUGAUUAGAAUAAGUCCAGCAGUCAAGUCUAGGAUCACAAGCCAACUUACUAUUUAGCAAUCUUGUUUCAAAAGCAGCUUAGAAACAAAUUAAAUAUGGAGAGUGAAUUACCAUCUUAUCCCUGGGGAUGAUGCUUCUUUUGGGUUAGUUAUUAAGGAUUAUUGCACUUUUACAGGCACUAUAUUCAUCUCAUUUCAAAUGCCAAUAUGUCAUCUUUGUGGAAUCAUUUUACCCCUUAAAAUAUUACUUCCAGCAGAGUUAAUCAAAUUAUAUUGUUUGUUUGCUUCAAUCCAUGGGGAAGCAACAUUUGUUUGCUUGGACAUUUGCUAUGUCUGCUCUUAAAACUGCCCACUUCAAGCAUUCAAAUUCAUGAACCAAGCACCAAAAAUUACAAGAUUGGCUUCAAAUCAUGGGUUGAUUGUUUUUUUUAAAGAAACAUUUUUGGUUCUUGUAUUGCCUUCUGGAUACUGAGCUCUGAGGCUGAUUUCCUGACACAUUUUCAGGCAUUUUUCAAGCAUGCCAAAGGCCAGAAAUGACACAUUCAUUUUUAAUAGUGAUAAACUGGGAUAAUGAUGUAAUCUCUUGAUUUCUGCAGCUGGGAUUUAAGAAGGACACCAAGCUUCAUAAAAAAUUGUCAGAGGUGACAAGACUGUCAUUUGUGUCCCAUGCUUCAGGAGGUUUGAAGCAAUAUCAGUAGUUCAGCAGUGAAGGGAACAUGCCAGUAAAGGACUAAACACAAGCAUUUGGGAUCUCCAUCGGUAGGAGAUCCAAGGGCAGCAAAGUCCUAAGUGCUCACGUGAGGCAUGUACAUAGCACUUAACCUCCAUGUCAAGAGCUGCAGCAGGUCUUAAGUGAAGUAUUUGACAAUGUGCAGGCAGAAUAUCCUGCUCUGAGUGCAGUAUCUCUAGCCAUGUGAUGUGUGUUGGGUCCUCGAGAGCAAGGAUCAGAGGGAAGGCCUCAGAUGAUGUAUCCCAUAUGGCCCUGUUCCCCUGGACCGUGUCCCAUUGGUCACUGGUCUCAGCUAUGCUCCCUGGGUCCUUUAAAGGACAAAUUGCUCUUCCCACGCUUAGCAAAGUAACAGUGUAAAUGGUUCAUGCUGAGUUUGGAUAGCUGCGUUUGGCUGAGCAUUUGUGCUUUUUACUUUACGUAUUUUCAUUUUUUCUUAUUUUUACUUUUUUUAGUCAUUCUGGUUUAGCUUACAGCCUUUUUGUUGAUAGUCUUGGUAAUGACUUUCACAUCUUGCUUCUUAUAGCUCAAUUUCACUUUUUCUUACACGGUCUCUGGACUUUUAAUCAUUUAAAUAUUCUCUCUGUGAAUGUAUUGUCUUAUUUAUAAAUGACCUCCUUUGAAAGAUAGGGACAGGUCUGUUGAUACCAGUGUGGGGUUUUUUCAGAAUAAAGAUCUAGAUCUUCAUUCCUCCUAAAGGAACAAAAUCUGAGAAAUUGAGUCUGGACCUUAAUUUCUAUGCUUUUUGAAUUUCACAGAUUUUAUGAUGUUCUUCCAUUAUAACAGUUUAGAUUCACUGACAAGUUUUUCAGGUACUUUGGAAGAAAUGUUUUCAUUGUAUUUUUAUCAGUAUUUAAUACUGUCUAAAUCUAAUUAUUAGUUUUGUGAGUGCAACCUAAAAGAUAGCAGAAAUGGGGCUGGUAAAGAUUCUGACUUGAGUAUUAAUAUACCUCUUUGCUCUGAGUUCAGGAGAAACUCCACUACACACAGUAUUGAAGCAAGCACACGUGUGUGUGUGUGCUACAUAUAUGUAUGGAUUUGGAUGUGGAUUUGCAACAGAAGGUCCUUGCUCUUUACUUCAUAGCACAGGAAAAAAGAUGCAAUAGCCAUAAAGAGAAAACAGUCUUACCACUGCUGAGUGGUAGCAGAAUUUUUAAAAUGUUUCUCUGUAAUGUAGUCCUGUUUGCAUCUAUCGUCUCCUUGCAGGCAAUGAAGGUAUGACAGACAGUAGCAACAACUCUGUCAUCUUGGUCCUGUGGUCCCUCAAGUCAGUGUCAAAACCAAAUGUGCUGUCAACAUAUUGUUUUUCAGAAGGUUAAUUCAUUUGCAAUAGAUCAGUGUCUUGAACUUUUAAGAAAGGUAAAAUAUUUCUAUUUACAGGUCACCAAAGAAAAUCAGUUUGUCAUUUUGAACCAAGUGUAGAAAUGUCCUAUAUGUGGGCAGGCCCACAGACCAAAGUGUCAUUGCAAAGGGCCUUUGCCUCUUGAAGCAUCUCCCCAACCUCACUAGAGUGCACUGGGAGUGAGGCAAAAUGAGAUGAAGAUGAGAAACCAGUCCACUGUCCUUAUGACAACUUCCAGCUUUACUUUACGUACUAUUUUAUAAAUACAGAUAAAACAAGUCUUGUAAAUGUUAGGAGGGUUCAGUUCCUCUAUUUCUAAUACUCCUUCUGGACUUCCCUGAUAUAACCAGACCACUAUACACAGCAAUGCAUAUAGGCAUUCUGUAUUAUCUAAUUAGAUAGAUAGAUAGAUAGAUCUAUAUCUCACUAGAUAUAGUGACAUAUUUUAGAUAUAUCACUUGGUAUUUUUUAGUCUAUGUAUAUAGGCUAAAAGGUCAGUUAGGUUCGCUUCCAUUAUCAAAACCUCCCUCCUACUGAAUGCAAAAAGUUCCUGCCUGGCUUAUGGAGUAGCCAUCUUCUCUACAGUAUUCUUGCCAGACCAACCUUUCUGAAGGACUCAGCAGCUUUACUUUAGUCAUUCUGUUUCAAAGAUGUUUUGUCUAUUUCUUUUGUCUUCCAAGAUCAGUGAUUCUGAUCAUCUCACACCAGUUUAAGCCCAUGGUGGUAGCUGUUGAAGUCAGAAGAGAUUGAGCUCAGCUCUUGUGUACAGCCAGGGGGAUCCCAUGGCUCUACAGAGAGAAAUGAGAACAAGUUCAAAUGCAGAUGAGUUACUGCAUAAAAAUUCUGUCAGAUGAUACUCAAACCCAGCCUCAUCAGGAGGCAUUUCAACAGAAAUACUAGGAAGAUAAGAUGUGCCCAGAACCACAGAGUAUGUAGCAACAUCUCAGGCAGCUCAUAUUAGGCAAUGGUAAAGAUGUGAAGAGUGGUUUAAAGACUGGGCCAAGUUAGUGUGGUCUGGCAUUACGAAUUUAACCUGUAUGUGCUUCUUGGGAGAGGGGAUUCAUUACUGUUGAUAUGUCCUGGAAAAUAACCCCUAUACCAUGAUAUCCUACAAAAUCCAAAUAUGGCACCAUUCCAAUCCAAUUCCUUAAUCCACCUCAGGGUGCUCAGGGUGCCACCACAUGUCACAAAGAGCUAAUGCUUGUCACUGCCCUGAAGUCACCAUAGAGUUAAACUGUUUUUCCCUUACAACUCCAGCAAGGACCAAGCCCAGGGGCCCACUGGCCAGCUCGAGUAGCCAUGCGUGUACUCAGUGCUUUGGAGAGAGGCUGCAGAAGAGACCUGACCUUGCCUACCACAGGCUGUGGCACUGCACAGAGCUCCCUGGGCACUCAGCCUGCUCAGCGUGUUGAACGACUACAGGUCUGCACAGUGUGAAUCCCCCCAUAGCCCUGGCCACUGUAUUGGUGUGCAGGAGACAUGGUGGGAGACCAGUGCUGUGCCCAGCAGGACUGAGUGACCCCAGCCCCACCACCUGGGUGCAAAAGAGCUGUGGCUCUGCAUUGCUUUUAGGCCUUGGUCCUCUGCAGCUGCAGGUAGGGCUUGGAUUUGAGCACUCACUUUUACUUGCACUGCAUCUGGAAAUGCCAAACACAUUUACAGAAGCAGUGCAUGCAGUAACAUCACAAAACUAAGGCAAUAUUCACUGUAUGCAGAUUUGCAAUGUAAAUUGUAGUGUCCACAGGACCACUUGUGCUUACAGGACUCUAGCUGAGUCCUCCUGAUGCCAGUGGUAAAAGCCAUGUGAGUGGAUGAUGCAGCUGUUUGAGACUUGUUUUCUUUGAUUUUAACUGAGUUCCCCUCUAUGCAAGUUCUCUAAGCUCUCUGUGCUGGAUAUAAGUUUACUCACACUUGUGAGAGUGUUAUCCUGUUGUAAUUCCAUUGAAAAACCCAUCAAGUAGAGAUAGCCCUAAUUUCUACUCAGUUAUUUCUUUCUCUGAAUGGGAAGGAAAGCCAGAUUCCUUCUGAAGUUAAUGUCAUUGUUUUAAUGGACAACAGUAACUACAAUGGACCAAACUUUGGGCUAAGCAAAUGUAAAAUAACUUGGCUCAGCUUGUGGAAUUCGUGGGACCAAAUUCUACUGCCAUAUGGCAAUCAUGCAAGUCUUACAGAGCUUGCUGAGCUCUAUUUAUCAAAGGAGAAGCUGGUUAACAAAAAUGGCAUAGCAUUACCAGAGUUAAGUUUAUUGGGCCACAACUUCAGUUGCAUUUACCCAAUUAAUUCAAUGGAAUUACAUCCAUUUUUGUUCUGGCUGAGCACUCACCCCACUAAAAUUAGUUCAAGGUCUCUGGACUAGUGCUGGAAUAACUGCAAGCAGAAUUGCUCUUCAACCAGACCAUAUGUUGACUCAGCCCUUGCUCAGGGAAAGCACCAUUGGCUUCAGUGACAAAUAAUGUGGAGUUACAGACAUGAAGAAGCUUUGACCCACUGGUGGGAGGCAUUUACCCUUGAAUUUAAGAAUGAACUGAAUAGUGGAUAGCAACACACGUGCUUUAUUUAUGACAGAGGUAGAGUAUAAGUUCCUCAGCUGGUGUAAACUGGUAUAGGAGUACUGACUUCGGUGGAGUUAAUCCAAUAUACACACACUGAGGAACAAACCCUCUAACCCCAGACUCAUUUUUGCCAAUAUAUUUCUAUGCAGAUAAACUCCCAAAGCUUUUAUCAUCAUGCCUUUUUUACUGAUCAUGCCAAUGAAAUGAUUAAUGUAUCAUAAUCCUUGCCUGUAAGGAAAUAUUGUACUUUGCAAAGCUAUGCAGUAUAGAGCACAUCGUAAAACUGCUUUAGACCACACAGUCUGGAAAAGCGUUAUCGGAAACUAGACUAACAGAGCAGCUUUUUAUCUGAUGUCGAUUACGCUUUCACUCAGCACUUCCACCGCUGAGAGUUUUACAUAUGGAAUGAAUGAUGGUUGUACGUUUCUGAUGACUGUGGGCCAAAGCUUCAGCUGAUGUGCCUCUAAGUAGCUCCGUAGAUGUCAGUGCUGAUUUACACCAGCUGAAAAACUAGUCCUCUCCCUUUUCAUACUGUGCUGUAUGCCCUAAUGCAGCCUUAUAAAUACAUACUGAAGCUGAGUAGAUGCUGAACUAUUCUGAUUCAGCACCAGAUAACCCCUGCUAAAAGAAUUGGAGGGUAAUUUCUGCCUGCCAUCUAGGCUUGCAUAUGUUUUGGUUUUAACUAAAAGGCAUGUUGCAAUUUCAUUACCUCUGAGUUUAAAUAUUUACUGGCAUCAGCAUUAGCUUGCAUAGAAAAAUGGCAAAUAAAUUCAAAUGUGUCAUAAAUGCUCUCAGUCUAGAGAAGGAAUCUGUUACUUUAGUUCAAAGACAUUGCAGCAGGCUAAAGUGGUUUUUCUAAGCCAAAUGGGUUUUGUACAUUUAAAAGUCAUGGCAAAUAUUUAUCUAGGCCCAAUUCUGCUGUUCUUCCCCCGAGCAUCCUAAUCAGCAGGUUGCUCCACUGAAGUCCACAGGAGUAGCUGCGUAAAUCAGUGUUCAGCACACAGACUGCAGAAUCAGGCUCUAAAUCUGUUAGGUUGAUUCAAUCAGGAGUUUAAUUUUAGCCAUAUGUAUCAUUUGAGGACACUUAAAAAUUAUGUACAUUUUAUCCAAGCUGACAGUCCUUGUAAUUCCAUAAAAUACUGUAUAAUUUAUUCCUGUCUGUAUUUUUGACAUCUCUGGUUUGCAUAUCUUCUACUGAAUCUUGAAUACUGUUUUUUUAAAACCCACAUUCAAAAGGUCUAGGACAUAUUGUCACAGAAUAUGAAAACAAAUCAAAAGAUCUGGUUAUUUUUUGCUUUGGUUUUGAGCUCUCCUUUGGCUUGUAUUUUGUCUUUGGCAGUAGUACUCCCAGUAUUUUUUAAAUGGCUUAAUUCAAUUCAAGUUGCUUCCUGUCUUCUGGAAAAAAAGCAAAAUACAACUAAGGUUCAGGAAAAGUAAUCCUGGCAACCUCAGUGGAUGUUUGCUCUUUCUAGUUGUCUUAUUUUUUUAACCUAGCCAUGUUGGGAGUAGUCUGGUAUGUGCAUUCUUUUGCCCACCAUUUCUGGCUGUUGUGGCAAAUACUAUUUUUUCCUUUUUUUUUUUUUUUUUCCUCUUUUGUGUGUGUGUGUGCGCGCGCGCAUGUAUAAUUAAUUAAAAUAUCAGGAAAAUUUAUAUAUGCUUUCUUCUGGUUCCUGGAAAUAGAGCAACAUUAUGACCUUAUGGUCUUCCAGCAAAAGUCAGAUUUAAUUUCUGCAUUGCAGUGCAAUUUAAUUAGCUAUUGGAAUUAGAUUACGGUUUACUAAAUGGCCCUUUACCUUACAUUCUUACUUUUUAUUUACUAUUGAAGUAGCCUUUUUUUCCUCAUGUGUGCAAAUAUCAUAUCAAUAAUCACUGCAAUUCCACAAGGUGUCUUUGUUCUGAACAAGCAUGUUAUUCUUGUAAAGUUUUAAGUAUAAGUUAAGAUGUUUUGUACAGACCAAGGUAACUGUUAAAAUGUCAAGCAAUUACUGAAAUGUUGUAUAGUUACAAAAGUUUGAUUUCUUUUGCUUUAUAUGUAUAAAAUUGUAUCUUGCCUGUUUUGCUUUGUAUUUCCAACGUGUUGCACAAUUAUGCAUUUUGUUUACAUUUGUUCCUUCUUCAGAAAAAAAAGAAAUAACAGUAAUACUUUAUGUACAAACAUUUUAAAUGUACUUUUGUUGUUUUUAAACACAAUGUCUCUGUAUAAAUAAUAUUGGUUGAACUGGUACAUUUGUGUCUCUCAUAGAGGGAUUAAUUAUACUGCCAGUGCAUUGAAUUAUUUAAAAAAAAAAAAAGUAAAAUAAAAUUUUUAUGAAAAUGUAA